CUGUGUUUCUGAACUGAAGGUAAUGUUUCUUCUCUGUGUCAUUAUAUGGUGCACCAUAUAAUAAUCCUUAAACCCCUAAGCCUCCUGCCCUCGAAUCACGUACGCUCUCUGUCUUUUUCACUCCAUACACAAGUAACCAACCACUCCCUCCUUUUGCUUCUUCUCUAAUCUCUCUCACCAAAUCAUUGUCCAUUUGUUCUAUGCAUGCAAGAGGUGAUUGGGUCUUGAGUUGAUUGUACAGAGAAAAUGGGGUUCGUGAUUUCGAACUCUAGGAUUGGUUUUGUCUUUGCUUUUGGGUUUCUGGUGAUGAUUUGCUUCACUGGGUUUGAGUCUCAUGCUGAACUGAUUCCUCUACAAGAAGUGAAAACUCUUGAAACGAUAUCCCAGAAACUCCAGAAUUCUUUUUGGAACAACAUCAGCCAAAGUUCUUGCCAAGAUGGUGGAUCAAGCUUUAAUAAGAUUAUCACGGACAAGAUUCUAAGCAAUGUCACUUGCGACUGUUCCUUCGCAAACAACACUUGCCAUGUCACAAACAUAGUGAUGAAGGGUCUAAAUUUAACUGGUAUUCUACCUGAGGAAUUUGGAAAUCUUACUCAUCUACAAGAACUUGAUCUCACUCGUAACUACAUCAAUGGAUCAAUUCCUGCAAGCAUUUCUCGUGCCCCUCUUCAGGUUCUGUCUCUUUUAGGAAAUCGACUAAGUGGUUCUAUUCCAAAGGAAAUUGGUGACAUUGCUACUCUUACUCAGCUUGUGUUGGAAGAUAAUCAACUUGAAGGGCCUCUUCCUCAAAACCUUGGGAGUUUGAGUUCCUUGGAGCGACUCCUUCUUUCUGCGAACAACUUUACAGGAAUAAUUCCAGAAUCAUUUGGAAAUCUAAAGAAUUUAACCGAUUUUAGGAUAGAUGGGAGCCGAAUCUCAGGGAAAAUACCUACUUUUAUUGGAAACUGGACCAAACUUGACAGACUGGAUAUGCAAGGCACAUCCAUGGAAGGCCCCAUUCCUUCCACCAUAUCUUUGCUGACAAACUUAACUGAAUUGAGGAUAUCCGAUUUGAAUGGAUCAAGUAUGCCUUUUCCUAAUUUGGAGGAUUUGAAAAUUUUGGAAAGAGUGAUUCUGAGAAAUUGCUCAAUUACCGAUUCUAUCCCUGGCUACAUUGGAGAGCUGACAAAAUUAAAGGAAUUGGACCUGAGCUUUAACAAGUUGACAGGUGAAGUUCCAACGACCCUUGAGAAUCUUGUUGCUCUUGAUUACAUGUUUUUGACCAACAAUUUACUGACUGGAGAAGUACCAAGCUGGAUAUUGAGCAACAAAAAUAACUUUGAUUUGUCUUACAACAAUUUUAGCGGAUCACUUACUACAGUUGGUUGUCAACAGUUAUCAGUGAAUUUAAUUUCUAGUUUUUCAUCUUCAGAAAGCUCGUGGUGCUUGCAGAAGGACCUCCCUUGUUCCACAAAAGCCAAACACUAUUCUUUGUUUAUUAAUUGUGGGGGGAGUCGGAUGGAAUUCAAUGGUAAUCAGUACGAAGAGGACUUGAGCACUGUGGGAUCGUCAGACUUCAUUUCCUCAUCUGAGAAGUGGGGUUAUAGCAGUACAGGUGUUUACAUGGGGAAUGAUGAUGCAGAUUAUACAGCAACAAACACAUUGCCUCUUAAUGUUAAUGGUCCAGAAUUUUAUCAAACUGCCCGCCUUUCCCCACUCUCACUCAAGUAUUAUGGCCUCUGCAUGCUUAAGGGUAGUUACAAAGUGCAGCUCCACUUUGCUGAAAUAAUGUAUUCAGAUAAUGACACAUUCACUGGCCUCGGGAAGCGCAUAUUUGAUGUGUCAAUUCAAGGAAAUUUGGUUUUAAAGGAUUUCAAUAUUAUGAAGGAAGCAGGAGGUGCUGGUAAAGACAUCAUCAAAGAAUUUAAUGUCCUUGUUAAUGGUAGCACUCUAGAAAUCCACUUAUACUGGAAAGGAAAAGGAACUACUGCAAUACCUGAUAGGGGUGUCUAUGGACCUCUUAUAUCUGCAAUUACUGUGACACCAAAUUUUAAGGUUGAUAUUGGUGGUGGGGGCCUAUCUGCUGGAGCUAUUGCUGGCAUUGUAGUAUCAUCAUGUGUGUUGAUUGUAUUGAUUUUGGCAGUCCUUCGAUAUAUGGGUUACUUGGGGGGCAAAGACCUUGAAGAUAAAGAACUGCGUGGGCUAGAACUACAAACAGGUUAUUUCACCUUACGACAAAUUAAAGCUGCCACUGGUAACUUUGAUCCUUCAAAUAAGAUAGGUGAAGGAGGUUUUGGGCCUGUUUACAAGGGGGUACUACCAGAUGGUGCUGUAAUUGCUGUUAAGCAGCUCUCAUCUAAAUCAAAGCAAGGGAACCGUGAAUUUGUUAACGAGAUAGGCAUGAUAUCUGCUUUGCAACACCCAAAUCUCGUGAAGCUUUUUGGUUGCUGUAUCGAAGGAAACCAGUUAUUGCUUAUAUAUGAAUACAUGGAAAACAAUAGUCUUGCCCGUGCACUUUUUGGUAAAGCCUGCAACAUUAUCAGCAUAAUGUUAAAUUUAGAAGUCUUGUAUUUGAUGUUCUGGUCCCCUAUAAUUGUAGGUCGUGAGGAACAACGGCUACACUUGGACUGGAAAACAAGAAAGAAGAUAUGCAUAGGGAUAGCGAGAGGGUUGGCCUAUCUUCAUGAAGAAUCAAGGUUGAAAAUUGUUCACAGGGAUAUAAAGGCAACUAAUGUCCUACUUGAUAAAGAUCUGAAUGCCAAAAUAUCUGAUUUUGGUUUAGCUAAGCUGGAUGAAGAAGAGAACACACAUAUCAGCACUCGAAUAGCUGGAACAAUAGGCUAUAUGGCACCUGAAUACGCAAUGAGGGGAUACUUGACUGACAAAGCAGAUGUGUAUAGUUUUGGUAUUGUUGCCUUAGAAAUAGUCAGUGGAAAGAGCAACACAAAUUACAGACCAAAGGAGGAGUACGUGUAUCUCCUUGACGGGGCCUAUGUCCUACAAGAGCAAGGAAAUAUGUUAGAACUUGUGGACCCAGAUCUUGGUUCAAACUACUCCAAAGAAGAGGCGAUGACAAUGCUUAACUUGGCGCUUUUAUGCACCAAUCCAUCUCCCACUCUCAGACCACCCAUGUCAUCUGUCGUAAGCAUGCUUGAAGGUAAAAGUCCGAUUCAAGCACCAUUAAUCAAGCGCGACAUGAUGGAGCAGGAUGCAAGAUUCAAAGCCUUUGAGAGACUAUCACAAGACAGCCAAACACAUGUUUCAACCUUCUCGCAAGAUAGUCAUGUAAGAGGAACAUCAAUGGAAGGUCCAUGGAUUGAUUCUUCCCUUUCUCUCGCUAGUAAGGAUGAGUCCCAUGAACAUUCUUCAACAAGCACUCAACUCAAGGAUCUGUAUGAUGUAAACUUACAGUGAAGACAUGUUUAGUAAAGGUGAAGGAUUUGAAACUCUCUCAAUUGGAUUUGGUCCAAAUUAUUUUGUGAAGGUGUAGUUACACUAGGAGAAACGGUAUUAAAAAUUUGUUGAAUGACUGCAUCUGGAAUUGGUAGGUUCUACCAAUUAGUAAUGGA